GAACUAGAAACACUCACUACCUAGACUUACAAGCCAUUCUUAAGCUACUACUAUAACAACAUAAAGCCAUUACUUGUGUGAUUCUUCUAUUUCUACUAUUCAUAAUUCUUCUUGAAAGGAAAAUGAGCUGGUCUGGAGGAGAUUGGAUGUGUGGUGCUUGCCAGCACGUAAAUUUCAAGAAGAGGGAACAAUGCCAAAGUUGUGCAUACCCCAAAUAUGGAGGCCCUGACCCAGCAACCUACAGAUACAACAGGACUGAAACUUUGGCAGGGGACUGGUAUUGCUCCGCUAUGAACUGUGGAGCUCACAACUAUGCAAGCAGAUCAAACUGCUAUAGAUGUGGUACAAUGAGGGAUGAUUAUUCUUCUGGAUAUGGGGGGAACAUGGCAGGCUCUGGAGGAUAUGGAUCUGAUUGCAGUUUCCCACCUGGAUGGAAGAGUGGAGAUUGGAUUUGCCCUAGAAUUGGCUGUGGAGUGCAUAAUUAUGCUAGCAGGGCAGAAUGCUUCAAGUGCAAAAUGCCAAGGGACUUUGGUGGGGAAGAUUGAAACAAAAAUAUUUCAGAAGACUUGCAAGAUCACUGAUUUCUCUUAGCAUCUUUCUUCUCCAAACAACAGUUUUCCAUUUUGCUUUUCCUAUGUUAAGCUCUGGAUAAAUCAUGGAUGAAGGCCUCUGUUAUUAUCAUAGCAAUGUUUUUUCAAUAGGAAGGAUAUCUGGCCGUUGUUGUUUCUUGCUAAAUGUAAUGACAUGAAGGUUAUGAAUUCCAUAUAUCGUAUUUUAAGUGUGUUCUUUA